CACACAGCAAGUAAAGUCAUACCGAACUAUUUGGCCCCCCCGGUCGGCUGUGCAGUGCUGAAUGGGACACAUCCCACCUCAACCCGCUUAAUGUACCGCAUUGGGCUUCACCCUGCGCACGACGUCAGUCGCAGCCACAUGCAAGGCAGUUGAGAACCAUUGCGGCGAUACAUGUAACUAGAUUGACUAACAACGUAUUGCGACUUACCAUACAUUACCCACGUCCCCCAUUCUUCACCUCGACAUGAUAUAACCGUUAUGGCUGCUCCUGCCCAUGGCUAUUCUUCCCCUAGCCAUGGCUCAAGCGCAGGCUCGGGCUCAGCCUCAGGUCCAGGCCGGAAGGAACCAUAUCCUCAUGUCGACGACUUAACAUCCGUCACCGUCGACUUGGACCCCCAUACGCCACUGCGCAAGGUCCUCGAGACCGGCGACGCUUCUAUGCGACAAGCCAUCACCUUCGGCGACUUCGGCCGUAACGACCUGGCCUUGCGCGAAUACAUCAAGGCCUUCACCAUCGCCGUCGAGAAGAUACCCAAGCACAAGGACUACCCUGCCGUCAAGAAUGAUCGCACAGACCUGGGCCGCUUAUACCUCGCUCUAAAGACCAACAUCACCAGAUACUCGGAGCGCUUCGACGGCAUCAAGGCUGAGAUCAGGGCCGAUAAUCAAAGGAGUGGCGUACAGCCCAGAAGUGCCCUGCUCAUGAACCUUCCCAACGCACCCACCAACCUGCCGAGUCGAACUUCCAAGACCAACGGAACGCACUCGCGAUCGCAAAGUGUCCAUGUCGACAGCACCAGCAAUGGCCAGCCCGUCAAACACAGCAGGAAUGGCAGCACAAGCUCCCCCCAUAGGGCAAAGCCCACAGUCCAGCCAAAACCACAAGCCCUGCAUGGGAACGCAAUUAAGCCCUUGGCCAACGGUGGUCCUCAAGACCUCGCCAGCAGGUUUGCCCAACUGCGCGUAAGCAAAGAUGCGUUGAAUACUCAGACAAAGCCCUCCGGGCCCAGGGACAUACCCCGACCCAAGGUGAACAGUUCGGUACCAACCAUGCCCAAGAUGCCCGACGCCAUAUACAGUCCCGCCAGAGGGACUGUCACCAGCGAGGUAGCAAAUCUGCCUUCGAGCACCCCCCGAGGCAUGUUCAGUCGAACGAACUCUAUAGCAUCUGUUGCUCCUGGAUCGGCCAGAAACUCCAUAGAUAUCGGGGCAAGGCCUACACCAGAAACGUUCGUGACGACGCACGCGCCAGCAUCACCGCGGGUGCAAAUACCGCCCGGGACAACAAUUACCCCCGAGCAACUCCGCGAGUACAUGCAAAAAGGUGCAAAUGCUGUGCGCUUGCUUCUCAUCGAUGUUCGCAGUCGUGAGGAGUUUGAUGACGGGCAUAUCAUGUCACAAAAUACCAUCUGCAUUGAGCCUUCUGUUCUCGCUCGGGGGCAUAUAUCUGCGGAUGACAUCGAGGAGAGUAUGGGUAUCGCGCCUGAUGAAGAAAUGAGGGCCUUUGAGGAUCGCGCCAAAUUUGAUCUCGUCGUUCUUUACGACGACGAUUCCUCUUCCUUACCCGGCGGGCCCCAAGGGGACGACCAGGCGACAGCUUUGUUUGUCCUCUAUCAAGGCCUCGACCAGUUCAACUACGGAAGAGAACUCCGACACAAGCCAAAACUUUUGCGCGGCGGCGUCGAAGCUUGGGUCGAUCUUUUUGGCCGUUAUAGUCUUCAAGAAUCCAAGACAUCAGCAGCAGUUAGCCAGCCACGCACAGAUCUUCGGCGCUUCAGGCCGGCACAAAGACGUCGCGCCAGAGCUCAAACCAAGGCUCUGAGACCCGAAGAGAUCAAGGAAUUUGAAAAGAAGAUCCAAGAAGACGAGGCAGCUGCAAAAUCACCGCAAGAAUUUGUCAGAUCCACGGCAGACUUCCUUCGACGGUAUCCUUCGACCUCUGAAAUCCAAGAGUCCAUGGCCGCCCCAGUCACUGAUUCCCGAUCACACUUCGAGACCGACCUCCCACCAGCACCCCCGGCCCGUCCAGCACCUUCUGUUCCACGAACAAGUUACAGCGGGCUUUCUAGCAGAUCUACCGCCAACGAUGUCGUACCCGCGAAGGGGCCUCUAACAGAGGCCACAACCCGCGACCGGCCUACCGGGCUCAUCAAUCCUCACAUGAACUGCUUUGCGAAUUCUGCUAUACAAGCUAUCCUGGCUUCGCCGGGAUUCGCUUCUGAACUUGCAAGGAAGGAAUGGGCUGACCAGUGGAGGCCUGCAGCCCCAACGCCGCAACUUAUGUCCAGAAUACUUGGCAACCUGAUUGAGUGGCUUGCUGGCAGACAAUUCGAGUCGAUGCAGCCAACCACAUUCAUGAAAUACUGCCAGUCGAUCCACCAAGGAUACCGUCUACCAGGUUCCAACAGACUUUUCAAGUUCGGUGACGGUACCCAGCACGAUUCAUCAGAAUUUUUGUUUGACUUCGUCUUCUCACAACUAGAUAACGAAACAAAUCGUAGUCGCGAUACCGCAUUCGUCAACUACUCCCAACCAGGCGAAGAUCUGAAGAAAGCUGAUAAGGACAGAGCUCGCAGAUUAUCACCAUCCGAUCUGGCACUGGAAUCUUGGCGGCUUUACAAAUCGUUUCAUGACACCAUCAUGACAACAUACUGGGGUGUUCUGCACGUUGACAGGAAUAUUUGUCAGACUUGCGGGGAUUCCGUCGACAGCUUUGGCUACUCCAACUACCUGGACCUUGGGAUAACUGGUUCUGAUACCGACCAGUAUCUGACUCUGAAGGAACUUCUAGACGAGCAAUAUAACACCAAGGAGAUUCGAAGAGCAGAUGGAGGCACGGGUUAUGAGUGUGGCACUGAGAUCGGCGAACGUCACAUGUCUAAGGAGGCCUUCACCAAGCUUGCACGUCUCCCACCACUCUUGGCCAUCCGAUUCAAGAGGUGGGACUUUAACGGCGCCAAAGUCAUGCGCAAGAUCAAGUUCGACGUCGAAAAUCUGGACCUUUCCAGGUACAGCCUCGACCAUAACCCCAACGCCAAGGAAGACGGCUUCGGUCGCUACCUGUAUGACCUCUACGCCGUGAUCACACACGGAGGCGCCUCAUCCAACGGGGGUCACUACAUCGCACACGUCAAGGACAACGGCCCAGAGAAGGACAAAUGGUUCGUGUGCAAUGACAAGGACGUAUACAGACGAUAUGUCCGAGCCUCGGGAAACAACUCGCCCUUGGAGCGCGAGUGGUUUGACUGUACCAACAAGUUUACGCCGUUCAUGCUGUUUUACAAGCGUAAAGAUCUGUGAUAGAAUGUGGAGGGGGGGGGGGGGUGUUCUUUCUUU